AUGUUCUCUGAACGUGAUAACGGUAACAAAUUUUGGCGUUUGUGGUGUUUAUUAGUCGUCUGCAGUAUGGUGCGCCAGGGAGCAAGUGUCAAAACUAAGGCUAGAUAUAAGCCUAUGGGUGUGGAUUUGUUCGACCAUGAAUUUAUGAGUUUUCCAGAUUCACUGAGCUCAAACGCAGAGGACUGGGACGAUGGUGAAUCAGAAAUCGAUGAUCCCGAAACAGUGCCACGCCUCUACCAAGGUGACAUCGCAAUUGAUCCUUAUACCUACAUAUCACUUAGACUGGGCGUUAAUCCCAUGAAGCAUCCAAAACGUUUGUGGCCAAACGCCACUAUUCCCUUCGAAAUCAGUCAUUUGUAUACCAACAAUGAACGGAUGGCCAUAGAACGUGCCUUAAAUACAUUUAAUGCUUUAACCUGUAUUAAUUUUAAACCCUAUGACGGCGAGGAAGAAGAUUACGUACUAAUUACACCGCCGGUGGAUGACGCGCCCCCCGGUUGCUGGUCAUUUGUGGGUAAACGUGGUGGAGAGCAGGUAGUGUCAUUACAACAACCGGAUGAUAAAAGCGCACAUUGCUUCAACAGCGAAGGGCGGAUUAUGCACGAGCUUAUGCAUGCUAUUGGAAUUUAUCACGAGCAAUCUCGAGCUGAUCGAGAUAAUUUUGUAAAAAUACACUGGGAAAAUAUCGUACCGAAAUAUCGUAAAAAUUUUAAAUUAAUUUCAAAAAAGAAAGGCAAACAUGCUUUCGAUUACGAUUAUAAUUCUGUAAUGCAUUACGGCGAGUACUACUUUAGCAAAAAGAAGGGAGAGAAGCCCACUAUGACACCGUUACAGCCGGGUGUACGCAUAGGCCAGCGGAAGACUAUUAGCAAAACGGAUUGUCUAAAGAUCAACGAUUUGUAUGGUUGCCUGAAUGGCAGACAUGCGAGGAUGUAUAAAAGUUUCUGCAAUUUGUUGGGACUUUAAAUUAAUGUUUAAUUAUGUACAUAUUAUACUGUACAAAACGAAAACGUUUUUUUUCGA